AUGAAUAUUUACACUAUGAAUACAAAGAUAAGCGCAGAUCUACUAAAAAGCACGGAUGGCACUUCUGAAGUGCCAGAUAGAAGCAAUGAAGCAGCAGAUGCUCCAGAGAGGCCACAGACAAAAGGAAAAAUCCUUCAUGAUCGGGCUUAUACGGCUAGCCUUAAUAUUAUUAUAAUUGUCCUAGAGAUAAUACUUUUUUGUGCUCUAACAUCUAUAAUAUUUUUAUUUCGAUUAUUAAUUAACUCUAUAGAGGAACACACCUGCAGUGUAAGUGCAAAUUUCUUUUCUGCAGUGCUUAUUUUAGUUGAAGUAAUAGGUACAUUUAUUUCUUCAUAUUUUAUAGACACAUAUACUCCUGGUGUUAAGAAUAUCUGGAUUAUACGUAAUUUGAAGUUGAAAUAUUUAUUUCUUUUUAUAAUACCCAUACCCGCGAUUUUAGCUAUAUCCAUAGUCCCAUUCCUUGAACUAUCUACUGUUGACUCGAUUCUGGAAUUCUAUAGCUAUUUUUUAUAUCCAAUUGGCCUUGGAUUUCUUUAUUGGGAAUUUAUAAGAUUGGGCAUUAUAACAUUUUCUUUCCCUUUUAUAUACAAGAAAGAAAUUAGAGAGAAAGAAGAUGGUCUAUUUCAUUUUUGCAAAACAAUGAUUGUAGUUUGGAUAUUCAUAAUCUUAGUGUCUUUUUGUCUAUUAGUGCUAUGGAAGGCAUAUGGUCAAUAUUGCUUGAAUCUUGACCUUAAAUAUUUUCUAAUCCCCACUACAUAUGACCCCAGUGCAAACUCCACCUUGUGCAAUCGUGAGAUAUACUAUAAUACAACCCGAAGUAACUCUGGAAUAUAA